CUCAAAAAGAGAAGACAAUAAUGUCAUGGUUUGUAUUAAACAAAAUGACAUGAGCUCCUGUUUAAUCCUCAGAUCAUCCACCUACAACACUGUUUGAUGGACUGGGACCAACAUGAGGCUGACAUGUUACAGAAUGCUCCUGUGUACGUCAAUUCCUAGACAUAUUUACAGGCCUUCCACACAUUGCUUUAAAGGCUCAUGUGACUAUAACUCUCAAGAAUAUGAUCUCAAACAGUUGCCAUUGGUCAUGAACACCAGAUGUUUAUAUACUAACAAGUCAAUACAUUUUUGUCAGAGAAACUGGAGGUCCAGAGUGUACCAUAGUCCACCUUACAAAAUUCAUGAAUGGAAACGAUCACUUAGCUUUUCUGCUGCUGGUAUAGUGAAUUCAAUGCCAAAAAAUGUCCAGCCUUACCUGAGGUUAAUGAGACUGGAUAAACCAAUAGGCACCUGGCUGCUGUACUUACCAUGUACCUGGAGUAUUGCCCUUGCUGCUGUACCCGGCAAUCUCCCAGACCUAUCAUUGCUGGCCUUAUUUGGUACUGGUGCUGUUCUAAUGCGAGGGGCUGGCUGUACUAUCAAUGACAUGUGGGACAGAGACUUUGACAGAAAGGUAGAAAGAACUGCUAGUCGCCCCAUUGCAUCAGGGGACAUCUCUCAGUUUCAGUCAUUGGUGUUUCUUGGUGGACAGCUAAGUUUGGCUUUGUGUGUCCUAUUGUGUCUGAAUUAUUAUAGUAUUGCCCUGGGAGCAGCCUCCUUGUCCCUGGUAGUCACCUAUCCACUGAUGAAGAGGGUAACCUAUUGGCCACAACUUGUUUUAGGGCUUACGUUUAACUGGGGCGCCUUGCUUGGGUGGUCUGCUGUAAAAGGUUCCUGUGAUUGGUCGGUCUGCCUUCCCUUAUAUUUCUCUGGUGUCAUGUGGACUCUGAUUUAUGACACCAUCUAUGCACAUCAGGAUAAAAAGGAUGAUGUGUUUGUUGGUGUAAAGUCAACUGCCCUGAGAUUUAAUGAACAAACUAAACAGUGGCUGAGCGGUUUCAGUGUGGCAAUGCUUGGUGGGCUGACAUUAACAGGACUGAGUUGUGAUCAGACCUUUCCCUAUUACACUGCUGUUGUGCUCACUGGGGCUCAUCUUUUUUAUCAGAUAUAUACUCUAAACAUAGACAGCCCUGAAGACUGUUGGAAGAAGUUUAUCGCCAACCGCAAUGUGGGCUUAUUGCUUUUUGUAGGUAUUGUUCUUGGGAACUUGUGGAAAACACAAGACAAAGAUGAAUGCAAAGAAAACUGUUCAUGACCACAGAGAGACUGCAAUCUUUUGAACAGAAAACCUUAAAUCACUAUUUAUAUUCUUCACUGAGCAAUACGGCUUGUUUGUAUUUUAGAUUAAAAUGGACAUUGUUGGAAAUGUUGAAGCACAGAUUAUUAAAAACAGUACAAUAAACCACAAAGACUCAAAUACAUCUUUCCUAAUUCCUCAAACUGCUGCUGGAGGAACUUUAUUCUAUAUAUGGUGGGCAUGCCCCAAAAUAAAACCCUUCUGGAACUCUA